AUGGCGGGCGUCUGCGACGCGGCCGCCCCGGGAGAAGGCGGCGGUGGCGGCGCGGACGGCACCGAGCGGACGGGCCGCGGCGAGGCGGAGCAGCCGGGCGGUGGCGGCCACGGGCCCGCGCCUCAGCACACCGAGACGCUGGGCUUCUACGAGAGCGACCGGCGGCGGGAAAAGCGCCGCGGCCGCGCAGAACUUUCAUUAUUGAGGUUCCUCAGUGCUGAACUAACAAGAGGGUACUUCCUCGAACAUAACGAGGCCAAGUAUACAGAGCGAAGAGAAAGAGUGUACACUUGUAUGCGAAUACCAAGAGAAUUGGAAAAGCUCAUGUUUUUUGGAAUCUUCCUGUGCCUCGAUGCCUUUCUGUAUGUGUUCACCCUGCUUCCUUUAAGAGUCUUCCUGGCGCUGUUCAGGCUCUUCACUCUGCCUUGCUAUGGCCUACGGGACAGACGUUUGCUUCAGCCUGCACAGGUGUGUGACAUUUUGAAGGGUGUCAUUUUGAUAAUCUGCUAUUUUAUGAUGCACUAUGUUGACUACUCCAUGAUGUACCACCUGAUAAGAGGGCAGUCUGUCAUCAAGCUCUAUAUCAUCUACAACAUGCUAGAGGUAGCCGAUCGUCUGUUCUCUUCAUUUGGACAAGAUAUCUUAGAUGCUCUCUACUGGACAGCCACCGAGCCUAAAGAAAGAAAAAGAGCACACAUCGGAGUCAUCCCUCACUUUUUCAUGGCUGUUCUCUAUGUCUUUCUACAUGCAAUUCUCAUAAUGGUUCAAGCAACGACUCUCAAUGUGGCUUUUAACUCUCACAACAAGUCGCUGCUUACCAUCAUGAUGUCCAACAAUUUUGUUGAAAUUAAAGGAAGUGUUUUCAAGAAGUUUGAAAAGAACAAUCUCUUUCAGAUGUCAAAUAGUGAUAUUAAGGAACGAUUCACAAAUUAUGUGCUUUUGCUAAUAGUGUGCUUAAGAAACAUGGAACAGUUUUCUUGGAAUCCAGAUCAUCUCUGGGUGUUGUUUCCCGAUGUCUGUAUGGUGAUCGCGUCAGAAAUUGCUGUGGAUAUUGUAAAGCACGCCUUUAUCACCAAAUUCAAUGACAUCACUGCAGAUGUCUACAGUGAGUAUAGAGCCAGCCUUGCAUUUGACCUUGUCAGCAGCCGACAGAAAAAUGCAUAUACAGACUACAGUGACUCGGUAGCACGGAGAAUGGGAUUUAUUCCUCCUCUCCCGCUAGCUGUCUUACUCAUCAGAGUUGUAACAAGCUCAAUUAAAGUGCAAGGAAUCCUGUCCUAUGCCUGUGUCAUACUCUUCUAUUUUGGGUUGAUCUCCCUGAAAAUACUUAAUAGCAUUGUGCUGUUGGGGAAGUCAUGUCAAUAUGUGAAGGAAGCCAAAAUGGAAGAGAAGCUAUUUAAUCCUCCCCCAGCUAGCACUCCCGGGAAACCCUCCAGUAAAUCCCAGAGCAAGUGCAAGUCCUCUCAAGGCCUUUCCACGGAAGAAAACCUGUCCACUUCCAUCACCAGCCAGCCUGUUCAUCAGAAAGAAAACGUCAUACCCUUACUUGUGACCAGCAAUUCUGAUCAGUUUCUGACAACCCCAGAUGGCGAUGAGAAGGACAUAACACAGGAAAAUUCUGAAUUAAAACACAGAUCCUCAAAGAAAGAUUUGCUAGAGAUAGACAGGUUCACAAUCUGUGGGAACCGGAUUGACUGAGUUUGUGGCCAAUGAGGUGAAGAUGCCGGGCCCUGGGACCACAGAUGCUGGUCCGCCAAGACACACUUGCUAAAAAUGGCACUUAAAUAUUUAUUUAAAAACUUAAAUUAUUAAUGGCAAGCAAAUCUUAGUAUCUUUCCUCCAGUACUGUGGCCUGUCAGGGCAGACCAUGGGACAGCGCCGGCCUCUGGCCUUGACUCUGGGAUGCUGGUGGAGGGUGAACAUUUCCUCCUGCUUGGCCAACAGCAGCGGCACUUCCGGCACCCAGCCAGAGCACUGCAAGAGUUCCUAUGCGUUGUCAGCCUGGGCUUCCAGAAUGUUGGAUUUUCCUCCAAGCCUCUUCAGUAUAAGGACAUACCUGGGAAACUGUGAAGCUUUUACCAUGAAUACCUUUCUAGUCUCAUACAGUUUUCACAAACUCUUUCCAAACUUGACUCCCAUCUGCCAAAGCAUUAAAAAAAUUAUUAAAUAUAAGUCCAGAUAAA